CUCUCUCCCUCUCUCCAUCCACGCCAAAGCUCUUAGGCUACUUUGCGCAUGUACGGCCAGUCAAAUCGAGCAUUGCGUCGUGUCCAAGAUGGCGAAAAUACGUCUGGCUUAUCUACUGACUCUCCUCUCAACUCACUGCUACCUCAGCGUGUUAGCAGUGGUACUGAGAACAGAUAACCACUCACCAUGGACCGAUGAGUUUGGCAGAGUUGAGUUAUCGUGUGUGAUUCAGUCCAUUACUACAAGAAAUCCCAGAAUUGAAUGGAAGAAGAUAACAAAUGAAGGGCCCAGUUAUGUGUUUUUUGACAAGAAGAUCUCAGGGGACCUGGAGAGCAGAGCGGAGAUCAGGGAACCUGCCACGUUACUGAUAACUAACGCCACACGAUCGGACACAGCCAAAUAUCGUUGUGAAGUUACGGCCGUUGAAGACCAGAAGUCAUUUGAUGAAAUUGUGAUUGACCUUGUUGUGAGAGUAAAGCCAGUGGUGCCGAAAUGCAGUGUCCCCAAAUCUGUGCCUUUUGGGAAGUCAGCUGAGCUGAGCUGCGUGGAGGACGAGGGCUUCCCCAAAUCUCAGUACCAGUGGUUCAAGAACAGGGAGGGGAUUCCCAACGACCCAAAGACCAGCCUCAAGUUCAUCAACUCCUCAUAUACCCUCAGUCCAGAAACAGGAGCUCUGAAGUUUAUUGCUGUCAGAAAAGAAGAUGCAGGCGAGUAUUUUUGCCGGGCAAGAAAUGAUGCAGGAUACGCUGAAUGUCCGCCCCAGAAGAUGGAAGUGUAUGACAUUGAUGUGGUGGGGAUAAUACUGGGAGUGCUGGUGGUGGUCGUAGUGCUCUUAUGUAUAUCAGUGGGGAUUUGCUGCGCAUACAAGCGAGGCUACUUCUCCAGUCAAACACAAACAGGGAACAAUUACAAAGUUCCAGCUAAGGGAGAUGGAGUAGACUACGUCAGGACGGAGGACGAGGGGGAUUUCCGACACAAGUCAUCAUUUGUGAUCUGAGAAGAGAGAGGACGAUGGGGGGCAUUGUGCUGAGUGAAAGACGUGACAUGUGGGACUGAACUCGAAGUUCGCCAGACCACGGGGCCGCCACAUUCAUGCUCUGAGCCCUCAGUGUGACUGAAAUCCAGCUAACCAAGUUUGCCAAAGGUGACAAGCUUUCACAGGACAACGCUAUGUAACACUAUUAUACACGUAGGGACUGAAAAGGAUUUGUCGACUUUUAUCAAGAGAAUUCUUUUGCUAAAUUAUGGAGUUGUUACUUUAGAGUUACUGCAUGGUUUUAAACAGUAAUCAAGGUGGAGAUAAAAUCAUGUCUGUGUUCCGCCAGGUAAAAAAGGAGGAGUUGAACCUAUAAAGUCAGUCUGUCAUGACACCUUUCUACUGUAAACUCUUAGCUUCAAACCUAAACUCACCUCUAUAACAUUUCUUUUCUACUGUUGAAAUUGGUGAGACUAUUUUUGAUGGAACAUAUUUUAAAAUGCCUAUAGAUAAAGGUUUACUUUUUUAAAUAUUUGUAAGAUACUAACGUGUUUUUUUUGUUUGUUUGCUUUUUUUUUGUGGAUAAAACUAUGUAACACUUUAACCACUUUGCAUCAAGCUGUAAACAUUUACACCUUUGCAGUCAGGAGAAAGAAAGACAAAUGAAUUAGCACAUCAAGAUGUGGUUCUUGAUUGGCGGUCUUACAUCCUGAAUUUCUCGGCUGGGAGGGCCACUUUCUGUUGUGUUCAUGUUCAUAGGCAGCCUGAGCGCGAAGCUUUGAAAGAGUGAUGCUGUGAAACAAUGUGCCAGCGCUGCGUUGUCUUGAUUUAAGUGUCCUUCUGUGCUUGCUGUUAAUCUUGUAUAUAUUGAACUUACUGUCCAGGAUAAAUACAUAUGUUCAGUGUUACACUAAUAAUGGGGAUAAAAAUAUUAAUGCUAAUCAUACAGGGUUUGUAGUUAACCUGCCACAGACCCAAGCAAAACUAAAGUACUUUGAAAAACUAGACAUGGUACUUCCACAGUUUUGACCUGUAAAUGGAAACAAAUUGGAUGGCCUGGCACAGAGAACACAGACCUUUCUGCCAAUGUGAGUGACAGUGGAAGCCUGUUAUCAGGCCUGGGUUAUUUUAACUACUGAGUCACCUAUUUUUAAGCUAAAGGUACCAACGGGCUCAGUAGAAAUGCUCCAGCUCCACCGCACUGCCACAGUCAGGUCCAACACACUAGACACAGUAUUUAGGGGGUUUUCCAUUAUAGGAGCUAACCGAAACGUGUCUAAACAGAGACCAGAGAGAAAAUACAUGCUGAAGGCAAACAGAGUGAGCCCAUGCUUCAGCGAUACAGUGACACACAGCUGGGGUCUGGACAGUUAACAGUUGUACUGAUUGUAUAUAGAUUUUUUUUUCUCUCUUUCAAGAUUAUGUAAAGUGGUGAAAAAUGUAAACAUUUCCUGUUUGAGAUGAUAAGAAACUCUUUCCAUUUGUAUGGCUGAGAAAAGGUUAACAUUUUAUCAUGCAAGGUGCAUCUCAAUAAAUUAGAAUAACGUGGAAAAGUCCAU